CAUUUCACCCCGAGAAGGAAUGUUGGCAAAGAUUUCCACCACAUGGAAUCUGCUGUUGAAUUCCACAUGGGAUUUAAGCUGUUGGGUCCUGAGACUUUAUUCAGCAGUUUGAAACAAUUCCACAGCUUUGCUCAUUCCCUCUCCCACUUGGGACUAAUGCACAGACAUGAACACCUAUUGAGGAAAACCACAAGAACUUCAACCAGAUACUACGGGAAAAAAGAGUUCUGUUCCACAGUCAUCAGGUCAGUAGUUUCCUAACUUCCAGUCACCUUGCGUCUGCUGCAAUGAAGACUGUGCACUCAAUGCUUCUCCUGCUGCUCUUCGUGCCUCUGAUACAGCCAACACCACAGACGCAGCUGGACUCACACGUUAACUAUGAGUAUGGAACAGACAAUUCUGAAGAAACCAAAUUUAGCCAGGAUUAUGAAGAGAAAUACCUGGAUGGGAAAAGUAUUAAGGAAAAAGAAACUAUGAUAAUUCCUGAUGAGAAAAGUAUUCAGUUACAAAACGAUGAAGUUAUACCAUCAUUACCCACCAAGAAAGAAAAUGAUGAGAUGCCCACAUGCCUGCUGUGUGUGUGUUUAAGCGGCUCUGUCUACUGUGAGGAAGUUGACAUUGAUGCUGUCCCACCACUGCCAAAGGAAUCAGCUUAUCUUUAUGCACGAUUCAACAAAAUUAAAAAGCUGACUGCCAAGGAUUUUGCAGAUAUGCCUAACCUAAGAAGACUUGAUUUUACGGGAAAUUUGAUAGAAGACAUAGAAGAUAGUACUUUUUCAAAACUUUCUCUGUUAGAAGAACUUACGCUUGCCGAAAACCAACUACUAAGACUUCCAGUUCUUCCUCCAAAGCUUACUUUACUUAAUGCCAAAUACAACAAAAUCAAGAGUAAAGGAAUUAAAGCAAACACAUUCAAAAAACUGAAUAAACUCUCUUUUCUCUAUUUGGACCACAAUGAUCUGGAAUCUGUGCCUCCUAAUUUACCAGAAAGUCUACGUGUAAUUCACCUUCAGUUUAACAGCAUAUCGUCAAUUACAGAUGAUACAUUCUGCAAGGCUAAUGACACUCGUUACAUUCGGGAGCGAAUUGAAGAGAUUCGCCUGGAGGGAAAUCCAAUUGCUCUGGGAAAGCAUCCAAACAGUUUUAUCUGCUUAAAAAGAUUACCUAUAGGGUCAUACUUUUAACCACCAUCAAUGCAGCUUAUAAUCUAAAGUACAUGUACCUAAUGUCUAAAGGAACAUAAACAUUAGUUUAACAUUAUCAUUUUAUCUCACUAUGAUGGAAUUCUAUGUUUAAACAAAAUGUCCAAAAUUCUUAUACGUAAUUACAAAAAUAAUCCAGCCUGAAUCUCUUAGUUCAAAACAAAAUAAUGUAAAAUUAAACAGCAUUCCCAAUUUCCUUGUGGUUAUACAGACUGCCAUCUAAACAGCAUGCUCUUAUACAAACACUUGCUUGAGAUAUGCCAUUCCCAUGACUAAUGAAGUAAGAGAAUUCCAAGAAACUUUUAACUGUUUGUCUUUUUUUAACAUUUACUGCAUCUCAACAGCAUUUAAGACAGAUGUUCCAAAACCUGUGCAAAGCCAAGUGUGGCCAAUGACCUUCCACCAACUGUAUGAUCCGUUGGCAUUCUCUGUAGAGCAGAAACAUCCUUUCUGUCGAGGCAGCUACUUCACUGUAUUUCCUCACUCAGCCUAAGGAAAGGGGAGCCACAUGUAGGCAAACCUUUCCAGAGAAAGUAAAAUUUUUCUCUUUGGUACAGAGCCAAUUUAGAAAAGUUCAAUUUUCUGCUUUGAGUUCACAUGGAUAGUCUUUAGUCAAUUACUUAAAAAAAACUUUGCAGGAAAAAAGUAAAUUCCUGCCCAUUUCUCAAAGAUUAAUGAGGUUCCUUCACUUAAAGAUUUGAUGCUCCAACGGUCGGUAGUAUAGGGGCUUUCCAGGUGUUCAGCGGUCUCUAUAAAUUGGCUAAGUUUUAGAAGCUAUGCUUAGUGCUUCCCAUAAUUUCAAUUAACUCAGUCAUUCUGGAUUUCUGACGGGGUUGAAGACCUAUAGUCUCAUAGCCAAUCCUGGCUAUUUACUUUGAGAGAAAAGAUCUGAAUGGAUGGUUUUCAGCUGACAUUCAUUCUAAAGCCAAGAAAAAAGCCAGGUUCAAAACUAAGUGUUUUAGUUAGGAGAGAUGACAGAGGGUCUGGUUUGUCAACAAAAUGAUGGACUGGGAAUUAGGACUAUCUUGUACCUCACUGGUACAAUUAGGAAUAAUUAUGCUCUAACUGUAUUUUGAGAGAAAAGUUUUAUUUUAACAGGAAGAGUGAUAUGUAGGAGGAGCUAAGGGGGAAGGAAUACAGAGAGGAAAAGACGGAGUAAGGAGAGGAGAAGAUGAAGGAGAGGAGAAGCUAGGUGAUGAGAGAGAAAAAGAGAGAGAAAGAGGAGGGGCCAUGGAGGCAGAUGUUCAUGUGUCUCCACCAGUCAAAGAUAGUUGAUAUAUCUAGGUUGGGUAUUGGGUUACACUUCUGAUUGAGCAUUACCAAACUUAUAAAGCCUUUGAUUAACAUUUUAAAAAAAUUGCAUAAAAGCAAAAAGGAAAAGGGGGCUUGGGAUAGGAGUUUUCUAGGGAGGGAAAAUGGGGAAAGGGGAUGGCAUCUGAAAUGUAAAUAAAAUAUAAAAUAAAAAAAAGAAUGGAAAAAAUUCUCAAAUAUGAAAUAACUGUAAACUUUUUCACAGUAUAGGAAUUUGUUCAAACAUAAGAAAUGAAAACAAAGUCUAUUUUGUUGUGCUGUGUGCAGUUUCACCUGUACCAACUGAAUAUUCCCAAUUCUAGCCCAAGAGCACCAUUUCUCAAUGGUCAUGAUUUCCAGAUACAUGUAAUAGUGAAAACCCAAUCUCCAGUCUAAUAGUGAUAACUGAACAAUUCAGACCAAAAUUAAGCUUCAGAGAAAAGUACAAAGCCCACUCACAGAUAUUAGUCUACAUAUUACUUUGGAGUUGAAUACAAAAUGAUCAGUGUUUUAGAAAUAUUCAUCUUUUAUAUAUAAAAGUACCAAUAUCAUUCCCAUUAUAAGUUAUACAUUAGUCUCUACAUGUUCAUCCUAGAACAUUCAUUUUAAGCAUUUGGUUGUUUUCUUCCAACCCAGACUGACUGCUCUCUCAUCUGUUAAGACUGACCUGAGAUGAAACUUUUCAUUAAAGCAUCUGUGAUCUGUCAGGCCACAACUAUUACUCUAGCAAUGUCUAAUAGCAUGUUCAUUCUUAUAAGUUAAUUAGAGUAACUUAUCCCACUGUAUCGUUUUGUGAGCAUGCCUCAUUUUUUCUGUGACUAAAUGCUCACCAAGAGCAUAGAACACAGUUCUACCUUUAUGACUUAAUAGCAUAUGUGAGUUAAAUAUACAUAAACAUUGUAAAAUCUAUCCAAAUAGAAAGGUUCUGUUUAUAUGGAAAAAAAAUUAGCAUAAUCUUGAAUAAGUCAACUUAAAUAAAUCAACAGAAAUAAAGCGGCAAGAUUGAGAAUGGA